GAGAGUCACUAGCUCACAGAGUGGCACCACCUAUUCCGCCGUGGUAGCAGGCAGCGCCGCAGGUACUCGCGCGCUGAAGAUGGUGCUCAUCAGAAUUCUGGAUCACAUCAUGGCGCGUUUGCCACGCAUGUACAUCACCCUGUACGUUGGUGACGUCAGCCUCCAGCGCAGUGCGGAUCCCAUUACUAUUUCGGAAGAGUUGGGAGAUGCGGUCGCCCACUACAUCGGCCAGAUCGAGGGCGACGGCCUCCCCGUCUCUCGCCGCGCGCGCAAGGCGUGCAAGCACUUGGCAGGCCGCUUGGGCCUCGAGUUUAAAUGUUUUAGUGAUCAGCUAGGUGCUGCCAUCGGCAAGGACCGUGCUCUGAGACUGUGGCUCCGCCACGUGGACCCCGUGAUCGAAGCAUGCAUCACGCCCUUGGUCCAGUGGGUCUUGCG